GGGAAAAUGGUGGCAAGCACUCGGGUACAGCGGAUAUUCCGACGAUACAAACUCGCUAUUGCCGCGGCACUAACAAUUCUCCUGGUCCAGGGACUGGUAGUAUGGAGUCUUCGGAGUUUAGAGGAAGGCGAGGCAGAGAAGAAGCACAGACGUUCCAAGAUGCCGGACCAUAACGGCGCGGGCGUGGAAGUCCCGCGGGGGGGUGAGGUGGGGGGUCGGCAGUGGGACCGCCCCGCCCCCGAACGACCCCCCCUGGUCUCUGCGUCGACUAGCAGCCAACAGCGUCACCAGCGCGGCGGCGACGGCAGGAAGUCGCGCGGAGGGGGCCAUCGACCGUCCUCCCCCCGCAAGAAGCUGGGCCCGUCGCUGGAAGCUCCCCCCCUCCCAAACGAGGCGUCCAACAGCCAGCGCAACGCCAGCCAGUGGGACCGGGAGAAAGGGGUGAAGAGAGACGGAGAGCGAGAGAAAGGGGGGGUGAGGAAAGACGAGAGGGGCAUGGGGGUGCUGGAGGCGGGCAGCGUGGAGGGGGCCCCCCACCCCCCCUUGGCGGGCCUGGAUGACAUCACGGCCGAGUGUGACAUCACGGGCAAGGACGCCCUGAGCGCCCUGCAGAGGGCCACGUCGCGCCAGUGCCGGCAGGAGAUCGCCACCGUGGUGUGCCAGCACCAACGAGGAGCCCUCAUGCCCGGACCCCUGCCACAGAGGUGCCCGCAGCAUGUGUUGUCCAGUGCGGUACAGGUGUCUGCGUUGGAUGUGGACGAGGGCGAUGUGGAGGGCCUGUCCUCUCUCCAGAGCCCGGUGCGGGUGGCCUUCAUGCUGGUGGUGCACGGCCGAGCCCUGCGGCAGCUCACACGCCUGCUCAAAGCCAUCUACCACAAGCAACACUUCUACUACAUACACGUGGACCAGCGUUCGGACUAUCUUCAUCGUGAGGUGGUGGCGCUGGCGUCACGCUACCCCAACGUGCGGGCGACGCCGUGGCGCAUGGUGACCAUAUGGGGCGGGGCCAGCCUGCUCAAGGCCUACCUGCGCAGCAUGGCCGACCUGCUCAGCACAGACACACCGCCCUGGGACUACUACAUCAACCUGUCAGCCACAGACUACCCCACCAGGACUAAUGAUGAGUUGGUGGCAUUCCUGUCUAAGCAUAAAGGCAAGAACUUUCUCAAGUCUCACGGGAGAGAAAAUGCAAGGUUCAUUAAGAAGCAGGGUCUGGACCGGCUCUUCCAUGAGUGUGAUAACCACAUGUGGCGUCUGGGGGAGCGCGCUAUCCCAGAAGGCUUAGAGGUCUCCGGAGGAUCCGAUUGGUUCGCUCUGACGCGACACUUUGUGGAGUACGUGGUGACAUCACAGGACCAGCUGCUCAGCGGGCUCAAGCAGUUCUAUACCUACGCACUGCUGCCGGCAGAGUCCUUCUUCCAUACAGUGCUGGGUAAUAGCCAUCUGUGUGAGUCUCUGGUUGACAACAACCUGCGCGUUACCAACUGGAACCGCAAGCUGGGCUGCAAGUGCCAGUACAAGCACAUAGUGGACUGGUGUGGCUGCUCCCCCAACGACUUCAAACCUGCAGACCUCGUCAGGAUACAGCAACUGACGCGUCCCACCUUCUUCGCGCGCAAGUUUGAGUCGACGGUGUCCCAGGAGGCCAUCUCCAUCCUGGACACGCACCUGUACGGCCACUACCCGCCCCAGACGGCCGCCCUCAAGGCCUACUGGGAGAGCGCCUACGAGCAGCAGGACGGCUACAACACGCUCUCCGACACGCGGGCCACGGCCUACGCCGCACACGCACGCCUGGGGCUGAGCGGCCUGAAGAGCAAAGGGGCCGACUGCACGUUCGAGGCGGUGGGCUUCCCUGUGUCUGUGCACCUGUAUUUCUAUGACGACCAUUUCCAGGGAUACCUGCUGAAACAGGAAGUGAAAUCAUUGUCUGGGGCGCGGGACACGCUGGAGCUGUGGUCUGUUCCCACGGCAACACUGCAGCUGGAGAAAAACCUGCGGGAGUUCGAGAGACUCAAGCAGCUAGAGGUGGGUACUGAGUGGGACCCUAAGGAGCGCAUCUUCCGUAACUGGGGCGGCGUGCUGGGUCCGCUGGAUGAGCCGGUGUGUGUGCAGCGCUGGUCGCGAGGCCCCAACCUCACCGCCACCAUCGUCUGGAUAGACCCCGCCCACGUGGUCGCCGCAUCCUAUGACAUCACAGUAGAGGCGGAAACAGAGGUGACCCAGUACCGGCCCCCUCUGCAGCACCCCUUGCGUCCCGGUGUGUGGCGCGUCAGACUGCUGCGGUUAUGGCAACGCAUUGCAGAGACCAGCUUUCUCGUUACACCCCUCACACAGAGGGCACACAUACCUUUUAACACGGCGGAGCAUGGCUGGCUGCAUGCGGGUCCGGCCGGUAACGUGUAUCUGGAACAGAGCUUCCAGCAACUCAGCUCCAUACUCAGGCUACCCUCGCUGGAGGAGGGCCUGAAAGAAGCACACAGCCACGCACAACUACAGGGAGCAGAGCUGGAGGCCUGGGUGGAUCGGGGCAUGUCGGCCUUCUGGUCCCCCGGUGGAGGGUGCUCCUCGCUGGGCUCGGCCUGCCCUGCGCUCAGCCUCUGCUCCAGCACCCCCUGGAGCUCCCUGUCGCCGGACCCCAAGGCCGAGCUCGGCCCAAUCAAGAGCGACGGACGCAUCAGGUAGCCAACCAGGAGCGGCCGACGUGUCCGAUUUAGCCAAUGAGGAGCAAGGAGGAGGGAGGGAGGCGAGCUACUGUAACCCUGAUUGGGGGGGGUCAUGAACCCUGGCUGACCUCUGAACUUUGACCUUUGAACUUACGGUUGCGCUAGAGGAGGGGAGGAGGUUCUGGACCGGCCCUUUCCGGAGCUCUCUCCCUCAGCAGCCAAUGGCAGGAGCCUUUUUGACUGAGGGAGGGCCUUGCAUGACUGAGUGACAGCUGCAAGGACCUAUGGAAUUUGCACAAGACUGCCAGACUCAAAAGCUACUGCUACGGUGUGUGUGUGUGUGUGUGUGUGUGCGCGCGCGUGCGUGUGUAUUUGUAUGUUUGAUGUCAUUGCUUUGUUUAUGGUUUUAUGUAGUUUUAUGUUUCAUUUCAUCAGGGUUUUUGCCUGUUACUUUUAAAGCCUUGUUUUAUCGAGACUGUACGUGUGCAAUGCAUUUACAGUCACACUCAAUGUACAAUAGCGACUUGUGCACAACACACACACACUCACACACGCAAACACAGAGUGAUGAACAAAGUUACAACUACACUGAACCUCACACACAUACACACUGUUGCAGACAUUAACACACACACACACACACACACGUCAGAUAAAAUACUCAUAAUGAGAGACUGACACACACACACACACACACACACAUUUAUGAUCAAGAUCAAGUGCACAUUCUGACACACUCACACUCACAGGUAGGAGUGACUGAGUACUGAGAGGAGAGGAUUGAAACUGCUGAGCUGUUGCUGCUGCGUCUGUUUGAGCUGGCCAAUCAAAAGCUGGAGAUUGACGUGUUGGCCAAUGAGAAGCCGGGGAUUAAUGUGCACUUUACCAGGAGGCGAGACUAGCAGUGGGCCCCCGGAGCAGAUAUUGGUCAGACGAAAGACAGAAACUCCGCCCAGGCUGUUACGUCACUUGAUUGACAGGUCAUGUCAUGCCUCAUCAUCUGUGAUGUGUCCAUGAGGAGACACACACACACACACACACACACACACACACACACACACACACACCUGUAUGGACAACUCCCCGUCUUGUGGUCUAUUGACUGUGUGCAGCAUGGACUAAAAGUGUGUGUAUAUGUCCCUGUGGGGUGGCAUACACACACACACACACCAAAACACUGCGAGCUGCAGGACUGCUGCAAACAUGGCAGCACCAUGACAGAAUGUUGUCACCGCCUGAGAACACUCCUUUCCCCUUUGAGACGUGUGUGUGUGUGUGUGUGUGUGUGUGUGUGUGUGUGUGUGUGUGUGUGUGUGUGUGUGUGUGUGUGUGUGUGUGUGUGUGUGUGUGUGUGUGUGUGUGUGUGUGUGUGUGUGUGUCAGUGAGGGUUUCUCAUUCAUGUCAGCUCACUUUGCACGUGUGGCUCUUAAAGUGUGUUGUUAAAGUCCACACACAUGCAACAACAUGUUUGUCAACAAGUGUUUAUCCCAUGGCUGAGAUGAGACGAUGAUCAUGAGACGGCUUCAAAAAUGAUCAAAAACACGCUGAUGGAAACUGUAAAUGUCUGUUAUUGUUGACAAAGAUGAGACAAAAGCAUCAUGCAGGAAAUAAAAAAAGAAACAAAAAUGAA